CGUUCACGUCUGCGAAAUCGCCGCCUACACUUCGCCAAAGCCACCUGUCCACAACAGAGACCGCCUUCCACCGCCUACUCUCAGCUAUCGCAAAACGACAGCAUAACCCAAGCAAGAUGGCAGCCACGCGCCUCCGCCGCACCUUCCACUACCCCUCCGAAUCCGACGACGAAGACGCCGUAGAAGCAGGCAUGGAUGAACAAGACCAAGAGACUCUCAUAACCAGCCUCUCCAACCGCGACACCACCUCCACGCGCUACUACACCUACUUCCUGCUGCUCCUCCCCCUCAGUCCAACCCUCCUCUACGUCCCGCACCUCUUCGCCUUCUCAACCGCAAUCCCAAGCCUCGCAGCGAUAAUAAGCCUCCUCGCCAGCGCAUACACACUCUACUUCCUCCCGCUUCCGCCCGUGCGGCCAAACAUAAUAACGCUCUCUUCGAUGGACCCGACUUCGCCGUCGAAAGGGAAGUCGAUACAGCGCGAUGCACACGGCUUCAAAUCCUCCACGCCGCCGUCUGAGCGCCGACCAGUACCGUACAUAUCUGAGGAAGUUGCGGAUAUGCUGGCCAAAUACGUAGUACCCAUCAACGGAGCGCUGUGUAUCCUUCUAGCGCUGGUGGAGCUAUGGCAGGGCAGGGAGUGGAGAGAAGGCAUGACGAUAGGAGGUGGGUAUGUGCCAGGUUUCAUAAUGGCCAUUGUGAUGUGGGCUAGGAGAGAGUUGCGGGUUGUUGAUUUGGGGGAGUUGGAGAGGUUGCGUUAUCGGACGAAAGGCAGCUGAAGAGAUUGUUGGUGCAUCGUCGGAUGAGGAGUGUUUAGAUGGAGUAAAGAUAGUAUAUCCAAGUUGAUACCCAAGUUUCAAUCCAACGAUCGUCAUGGAGCUAAGCCAGCUCCCGAAUACAGCGCUCCGCAAACCAAAGGU